CUCCCCCUCUCCCCCUCUGUUUUGUAGAUUCUCCUAUGGAAUCUGUUCUUCCUCUCCGUCUUCAACCUCCACCAAGACCUUCACUGCUACCGAGAUUUCACUGCCCUGCAAAGCUUAACUUCUCCGGAUUUCAACUCCACAGAACCUCACCAUAUCUUCUUCUCAGGGGAUCUCCAAUUUCCGCCACCAAUUCCUCCUCUUCUUCGAAUCCUUCCAAUUGGGAGAGAGAAGAGAUACGAUGGCUGAGAGAAGAGCAGAGGUGGCUCCGUGAAGAACAACGGUGGAUCGGCGAAGAAGCUCGUUGGGAUUUGGAGCGCGAGUCGCUACUCCGCGAAAUCGCCGAUCUAAAGCUCCGGAUUCAAGCCUUGGAGCGCGAGAAUUCGGUGCAAGGAGCUUCUGUCGCUGAAACUGUCGCCAAUAUGGCCUCUCUGUUACAGGUAUUGAAGGACGCUGAUCUGAAGUUGAAAUCGGCCAGAGUGAAUCAGAUUACGGAGAGUGGUACUGGUCCGGCUCCCAUGCUUUUGGAAUCGGAGAGCGAGGAGGUGAAGGAGAUGGUUGUUGAAGAAAUUAGGAUGUUGGAGAGCAACAAAGAAGGGAAAGUGGAGACAAAGAAGGUGAAGAGGAAAUCACUGAGAAAGGGCUCGGAAGGAGAAGACGUUCGAGCAAUGCAGGAAGCAUUGUCAAAAUUGGGAUUUUAUUCUGGUGAGGAAGACAUAGAGUAUUCCAGCUUUUCAAGUGGGACUGAACGUGCUGUAAAAACCUGGCAAGCCACAUUAGGUGGAGUUGAAGAUGGAAUAAUGACUGCAGAGCUCUUGGAGAGGUUAUACAUGGAACAAGCAAUUGCGAAUACUGGCUUCAAAGUAAACAAAAAUCAGCAAGAAGUGCCUGCUACUAUGCCCAAGCAGGAUGGUGGUAAUGGAGCUGCAGUAUCUUCUAUGACGGAAUUCUCUGAGAUUCAGCAGACUGUUGUGAAAGAGAGUGGUACCACAGAGGUUGAAGUAUCUCAACAUAGAGUCUUCCUUCUUGGGGAGAACAGAUGGGAAGAGCCAUCUAGGCUUGUGGGGAAGGGCAAAAAAGUUGGAGGAAGCACAACCAGUGCCGUCGUAACAAAAUGCCCUACUUGUCGUGGGGAGGGACACCUAUUGUGCAUGGAAUGUGAUGGAACAGGUGAACCCAACAUAGAACCACAGUUUAUGGAAUGGGUAGAUGAAGGAGCAAAUUGUCCAUACUGUGAAGGGCGUGGGUAUUCUAUCUGUGAUACAUGCGAUGGGAAAGGAUGAUGCAGAUAUAUAAAUUUUCUUAUGUACAUUUAUCUAUGUGCUAGUACUUUGUUAAAUGCAGAUAACUAAAUGUUUACCCUGUCACAACAUGGAAAGCUAGCUAGAACUGCAGAUAUAGUGCUGGCUUUUCUACACAAAAUGGUUGGACACACAAUAACUUUGCUAUUUGAUCAAAUGAAUAUCUCAAUGAAGGUUUCAGAGCA